AUGCGUGACACGUGGCAGGUGAACAAGGAUCCGUUCACGGACGAGGAGGAUCGCAUCAUCGUGAUGGGGCACGCGGAGCAUGGCAGCAAGUGGUCCAUCAUCGCUAAGAGCCUCCCCGGCCGCACGGAUAAUGCUAUCAAGAACCACUGGAACUCCACGCUCAAGCGCAAGUACCCCGCCAUUCUCGCCGACAUCAUCAGCCGACGCACCUCCCGCCUGCUGGACUCUCCGCGCGACAGUAUCAGCGGAAACAGCAGCGCGGGUCCCGCGUCCCCCGCGUACGCCGCCAUGUACCGCUCCGCGUUCCCCGACAGCCCCACGUUCUCGCCCGGCAGCGGCGCCGGCACACCCGGGAGCGGACGAUACGACUCUAGCCGAGUAGAACACAUCCGCGCGCUUACCGACGUUCUCCGCCGCCUCGCCACCACCUCCGCCGCCGCGUCCACCUGCUCUUCCCCCAGCGGAAUGCACUCCGGCGUGCCCUCCCCCCAUCCGCUUUCGCAGCCCUUCUCCCCCCACGGCCUCUCCUCCAGCAGCGGCGCGCCGUCCCCCGGUUCCGCGCAGCCCUUCCCCUUCUCCGUUGGUGCGGGGGCAGGCGCAGGCGGAGGUUUCGGUUCCGCCAUGACCGGGAUCGGCGGAAGCGGAGGGGAUGAUCUGCUCGACUUGCGCCAGCAGACCGCCAAACGCCUCCGCCUGGCCGCCGCGUAUUCCGGGAUUCCGUUCUCCGAACUCCCCUCCCCGCAAGAGGUUCUCGCGUUCCCCAAAAGCGCGAGCCUGGGGGAGCCCUCCGCGCCCACUCCGCCCAUAGUUUCCCCCCUCUUCCCGCGCUUCCUCUCCUCCGCCGGCGCUGCCGGCGUAGGGGGGAGCGGCGCAGGUUUCGGCGGAGAUAACGCUCUGGCGGUGCUUGCAGCGGCAGGGGAAGCGGCUGGGGGGGUUGGCAUGGGUGGCGGCGCAGGCGCGGGCGGGUUUGGGGGAAUGGGCGCGGGGGUGGGGUCUUCCCCCCUCGGCUCCCCAAACACCAUGUUCCGCGCAGGUCUCGGUGGAGGAAUGGGGGGAGGGCUGGGGGGAAGCGGCGCAACUGCGAAAACGCCACCGUUUUCCGCCUUUCACCACCGCUCUCUCCUCCGCUCCUCGUCCUCCCCCGUAGAGCGCGCCCCCCUCACCGGCCUCUUCCCCUCAGGCCUUGGAACCCCGAGCCUAGGGGGCUCCACCUUGGGAUUAUCGGUCUUGGGGGGAGGGGGUGGGACAGGAGGAGGAAUGGAUGGUGGUGGUGGUGUUGGCAGCAGCAGGUCGAAAGGGCCGUCGAUUCUGGGUCGGCGGAAUCUGACCAUUGAUUUGUCGGUGCUGGAGCAGCAGCAGCCGUCGUCAGCGAAUGCCACACCUCAAGGUUCGCGCGGCUUGACUGGCGCUGGCGCCGCCGCUGGCGCCGCUGGGGCUGCUGGGGCUGUGGCUCCCGGUUCUGCUGCCGCUGGUGACGUUUCCGCGGGUUCCUCUGGCGGCGGUGGCGCUGUUGCUGUGGGUGGCGGGCUCGCUGGUUCCAUGGGAAUGGACGACGUGGCGGCACAUCUGUCCUUGACGCCAGCAGUAGCGGAUCGCGUCUCCGUUACAGGAAUUGCGCAUGAAGCCUCGUUAGUAGCAGCGGCCGUGGAAGAUGCGGAACGGGCUAGAGCGGAGGAUGCGGAGAGAGCAAGUCACCGGAACAAGCGCAAGUUCCGCCUGGACGCGCCUUCCGCGCAGGGAAGCCCGCCGGCCGCUGCGCCGUUAGCGUGUCCGCCGGUGGCGGAGACGGACGGCGGUCAUGCGCGUCAGGAUGUAACGCAGCUCGGAUUGCAGGUGAAAUGUCAGGUGGUAUCGCAGGUGAGAGCGCGAAGCGGUCAGGGGUUAGCAGGGACGGGGGAGAGUGACUUGGGGAAGCUUCAGCAGCAGCAGCUAAGGCUUGCGGCGAGCACGCAGCAGCAGUCGCAGUCGCAGUCGCAGUCGCAGUCGCAGCAGAAGGCGCAGCAGCAGUCACAGGCGCAAGGCUCGGCUGCUGCGCGCAUGGCGCAGAUGCAGAUGACUUUCCGCGAGUCCGCGGAAGCAGGGGCGUACGGUGCAGGGGGAGCGUCGGGUAGCCGGGUUACCUUGCGGGGGGAUGGUCUCCGCCGUUGGGGGUCGCAGGGGGAGGAAGGUCUGCGCGGAUUUGAAGACGAGGGGGGUUUGGUGUCUUGUACUGAAGAUGCUUGUGACGGGUCGUGCGUGGGUGGGAUUAUCCACGUGGAGGAUGAGUAUUAUGACGAGGACGGGGAUUAUGAUGACGGUGAUGACGUGGACACAGUGGAUGCGCAGGAGGAUUAUGACGAGGACGAUGACGUGGAUAUCGCGGAUGAUGACAUGGAGAGCGAAUUUGAUGACGCGGAUGACGUGGCAGAGGAGAGCGAUCUGUCGCAUGUUGAUCCCCGUGCAUCUGGUGCAGGUGCAUCUGGUGCAGGUGCAUCUGGUGCAGGUGCAUCUGGUGCAGGUACAUCUGGUGCAGGUACAUCUGGUGCAGGUACAUCUGGUGCAGGUACAUCUACGACAAGUGCUCCUGGAGCAGGAGCAGCAGUGGCAGGCGCAGAUGCAGGCAAGGAGGCGUGGAAAGGAGGAGGGAAGCGGAAAGGAGCCAAGAAGAGCAAAGGAGGAAAGGGCGGAGGGGCAGGAGCAGGAGGGGGAGGAGGAGGAGGAGCAGGAGCAGGGGGGGCAGGAGGGGCAGUUACAGGAGGAGGAGCAGCAGUUGGGGAUGCAGGAAGCAGCAGCAGUGCUAGCAGUGCUGCUGCUGCAAAGCCGUUUGACGAGGAGCACGAGCGGUGGGUGCUGCGGCAGUCAGAGGCGUUCCGGCGGCUGCACGAGCAGCAGCAGCAGUACCAGGCGACGCUGGAGCAGAUGCAGCAGUACGUGCAGGGCAACCCCGAGGACCUGCAGCUGCUGCAGCAGAUGAAGAUGCUGCCCUCCCUGCUCGCGCAGUCGCAGCACGACACGCAGCAGCUGCUGCAGCGGCAAACCAGGCACGUGCUGGGGCAGCAGGGGGCGCAGCAGGGGGGGCAGGGGCAGAGGGACGCACCUGUACAGGCCGCUCUGGAGGAUGGCGCCUCAGCGCCAGCAGCAGAGUGCGCUGCAGUAGAGGCGAACAGAUUAACUUCUGAGGCGCCUCAAGAGUGUGCUGCAGAGGCGAACAACUCAAAAGGUUCAGCAGCAUCACAGGAGUGUGCUUCAGAGGCAGGCACGGCAGGCUCGUUGGCAACAGCAGAGGGCGCUCAGGAGAAGCCACUGCCAGGCCAAGAAACGGAUUCGGAGCAGUCAGUAAAGGAGUUUUUGGAGAUUUCUUCUUUGAAGGAGAGUUCAGAGGAGUCCCUGACUUUGAACGAGCCCUUCACGGCUGCCGGCUUAAAGUGUGAUUUCAGAGAUGGUGAUUGUGAUCGUGUGCGCGCGGAGAGUGCUGAAGUGGCAUCGCUCACGUCAUCGGAGACACCAAGUGCCACGUCAGCAGAGGCGCCGAGUGCCACGUCAGCGCAGGCGGAGCAGAACUCGACUGCGUUCUCGAUGGCGCUGCAGAACGUGUUUGCUGGAGCCAUGCUCAAAUCUAUUGCCUCCACCACUGGCCCCCCCCCCUCCCCUCCCCCCCCCCAACCUCCGCCUUCACCCCUCUUCCUCUUUCCAUAUGUGCCUUCCCCCUCAUCUCCCACCGUCUCCCACAUUGUCGUUCUCCCCCCCAAAUGCGACCGCCCUCCAGGUCUGUUCGGAGGCAUCAACUCGCUCACCCUCUCCUCUGUCUCGCACCUUCCCCUCCUCCCCACAUGUCCCUUCCCGUUUCCGUCCUCUCCCCAAAUGCGCCGCCGCCCUCCAGGUCUGUUCGGAGGCAUGAACCCGCUCACCCUCUCCUCCGUCUCGCACCUCGUGCUUCGUGACAGCAACUGCCGGCCCGGUGAACCCGGUCAGCCCAGUCAACCCGGUCAACCCAGUCAACCCAGUCAACCCAGUCAACCCGGUGAGGUUAAUCCGAUGACCUGGGUGGAUACGUUGAGGGCACAGCUGGAGGAAGAGCGGCGGAGGAGUGAAGGGGAAGGGGAGAGUGGGAGAAAGGGUGGGUGUGGCAAGGGAUCUAGUUUAGAGGCGCCUCAGAAGGAGAGUGGGAGAGUGAAGGGUGGGUGUGGCAAUGGCAAUGAAUCUGCUGCGCUGCUGCUGCCCGGCUUAGAUGGCCAUGGUGACGGUGACGCUAUUGCUGAUGCUGGUGAUGAUGAUGGUAGUGGCGGUGUUGCUGCUGGUGCUGGUGCUAGUGCUGGUGCUGGAGCUGGUGACGGUGGUGGUGGUCGUGACAGUGCUACUGAUCGUUCUGCUGCUGCGACUGCUGGUGCUGCAGAUGGGGAGGCCCAUGGGGACGAUGAGAUCGCAGGUGGAGGGAAGUCAAAGCAGAAGGUGCUGGGAAGCAUCAUUGCUUGCAGCAACGCCCCUGCCUCUGCUACAGCUGCUGCUGCUGCUGCUGGUGGUCUGCCCUCCCUGCCUGUUGCAGCAGGUUCGGGGACUUCAGCUCCACACACCGUGUUCCCGGACCUGCUCAUGCAGCCAGGUUCGGCAGGUGUGGGGGUAGGAACGGGAGGUGGAGUGGCUGGGGUAGGGGGGAGUGAGGUGGGGGGGGUGAGAGGGAGGAGGAGGCGGUUGGUGGUGGCACAGAGGAGGCGUGGGGAUGCUGGUAAUGGGGAAGAGAUGGGGGGGACAGGGGGCGGACUGGGGGCAGGAGGGGCAGUGGGAGUUGCGAGAGCAGGGGUGGCAGGGAUGGCAGGAGGGGCGGCAGGAGGGGCGGCAGGAGGGGCGGCAGGAGGGGUGGCAAGAGGGGUGGCAGGAGGGGUGGCAGGAGGGGCGGCAGGAGGGGUGGCAGGAGGGGUGGCAGGAGGGGUGGCAGGAGGGGUGGCAGGAGGGGGAGAGGGCGAGGAGAAGCAUGGGCUAGUUCACACAGGGACGGAUAGCGGCAUGAAUCAUGCUCAUGGUAGUGCAGGCGGCAGUGUCGCAGGUGCUGUUGCUUCUGCUGCUGCCAUGCCCAACCGUGCUGUGACAGCCAGUAUUCCACCUAACUGUACCAUGCCUGCUGCUGCUGUAACAGGUAGUGCGGUUACUGCUGUAGCGGGUAGUGCGGUUACUGCUGUAACAGUUAGUGCAGUUACUGAUGUAACAGGUAGUGCGGUUACUGCUGUAGCGUGUGGUGCAGGUACUGUAGGUACUGUAGUAGCCGAUUCUGCUACAGGGGGUGCUGCUGUUUCAGGAGCGGCUGUCAGUGCUGUGAACCAGCGCACUCUGUUGAAUCCACCUACUCUGUUGAAUUCUCCUGGCGUGAUGGUGCCCUUUGACCCUCUUCAGUCGCAGCAGGGCGCGUCAGGUGGUGUGCUUGGUGGUGCACAGGCAGGCAGGGCAACAGAGAGAGUGAGCGUGUCUGGUGCGGCAGGGUCUGUUGGAGUCACCACAGGUGUGCCGGGUGUAGCCGGUGUGACCACAGGUGUGCCAAGCACUGGUGUAACAAGCAGCGGCGGCGUGACCAGCAGUGGUGGUGUCACAAGCAACGCGUCAAGCGGCAAACCUACCAGUACGGCCAGUGGCAUAACGGCCGGGUUACCAGCAGUGACAGCAGCAACAACAGCAGCAGCAGCAGCGGCAGUGGCAGCGGCGACGGCAGCGGUGGGGAAGGGAGCGGAGAGUGUGGAGGGGGUGAUGGAGCGGCUGGAGCAGCUGCACGCCACGCAUGGCGCCGUGCUGAAGCAGUGUGUGCACCUUGAGAGACGCGUUGAAGAGCUCGAAGGACAGGUGGGUGCAGAGUGGUGUGCGCAGAUGGGGAAGGAAGGAAUGGAGGGACAGGGUGGACGAGAGGUGGACGAGCGGAAGGAGCAGCAUACGGCAUGGCUGGAGGCGAGGGUGAGGGAGCUGGAAGCAGCAGUGGACGACAGCAAGCACUGGGCGCAGCAACGGGUGAUGCAGGUGGCGCAGAAGCUGGUGAGGGAGAGCAAGGAGUUGCGGCAGCUGAGGGCGGAGCGGGAGGAGUGGGUGCGCAGCCGGCGCGAGCAGGACGGCAAGGAGGAGAGCGCCGCGCGCCAGCUGGGCGAGAUGGAGGCGGCCCUCCGGAAGGCGUCGGGGCAGGUUGACCGUGCCAACGCUGCUGUUUGUCGGCUGGAAGCAGAGAACGCUGAGCUGCGAGCGGAGCUGCAGGCGGCGGGGCUGAGGGUGAGCGAGGCGAGUGCCAAGCUGGCAGAGGCGGGCAAGCGGGAGGGCAAGGCGCUCAAGAGGGUGCAGGCCAUCGAGCGGGUCAAGGCGAAGCUGCAGGAGGAGCUAGGGGAGGAGAGGCGCAAGCUGGCAACGGCCCUGUCCGACCUGGAAGCGACGCGGCGGCGGCAGCAGCAGGCGGAGCAGCGGUGGCGGCAGGAGGAGAAGGUGCGCGAGGAAGCAACCGCGCGCGCCGACGCAGAGUGCCGCGCGCGCGAGCAGGCGGAGACGGCGUGGAAGCAGCGCGAGGAGACGCUCAGAGCCAAGAGCGAGGCGGACGUGAAGAGGGUCCGUGGCGAGAUCGUGUGCCUCGCCUGCAACGACGCUCUCCUCGCCCGCCGCAUGCCCGACUGCCCCACGUGCCGCUCGCCCAUCUCGCAGCGCAUCCGCGUCUUCGGCCCGCAGAUGGCGCCUGGCUACGGCCAGGGUGGCAGAGGCGGCGGGGGCUUCAGGUGGGGUCAGGGCGGAUGGGGGCAGUUCGGCGGCCACCCAGGACAACGCAUCGGAGCACUGGCGGCGCGCAUGCUGGGUAACAACGUGGCUGACGCAUCAGGCACAGUCACGGGCGACGUCAACGCUACGGGCGUCGUGCUGCUCGCCGUCUACAACUACAGCGGCGACUACAACAUCCGCUACGGUGCCGCCCUCAAGCUCACCGACGCGGGCUUGCCCACGUCCAUUACCAUCAACGACAACGCCACGUCAGCAGUCGUCCUGGACUUUGGCGCCAGUGCCACGUGGACCAAUCUCACGUGGUCCGGAAACUGCUCUGCACUGAACGCCAAUGGUGCUCUGAAGCGCGGCGCCCGCCGCCAGCCGCCCUUCCCCAAGUUCUUCGGCUUCUUCCGCCCGCCCGUUCCCUCGGGAUUUGUUUAUGGGUUUGCUGGGAUGUGGUAUAAUGCAAGCACUAUUACCACGGCGGCCGGGCCGACUUAUAAGGAUGUGAUGGAUCUGCUCUUGGCGAAUCCUGCUUCUUACUAUGCGGUUGCUUCCACUGAUGCAUAUCCCAAUGGUGCGGCUCUUGGGUCGUUUGCGGCUCGGAACCCGCCUGCUGCGACGUCUUACUGGAGCCGAUACUAG